AUAAACAGUAGUUUCCAUUUUAAAAGAUCUGUUAAAUUCAUUCAGUAAUAUUAAAUGCUCUCUCUCUCUCUACAUUCUGAGCACCGUAUAUUCUUCAUUCGUUAGUUUGUUCAUUCACUCAUUAUUCCCAAAACCAAAAGAAAAUCCGCUCCUGUUCUAAGCCGCUCUCGAGCUGGGAAAUGCGAAUAACUUAAGAAUUAGGGUUUUGAAUUUGCGGACUUGGGAUAAGAAGAAGACGAGGAAUGCCGUUGUUGAAGUAUCAGAUAAGGGACAAGUACAGCUUGGCGGAUCCGGAGCUCUACAAAGCUGCCAAUAGAGAUGAUCCCGAGGCUCUCUUGGAAGGCGUGGCCAUGGCUGGACUCGUCGGUGUCUUGCGCCAGCUUGGCGACCUUGCAGAGUUUGCUGCUGAGAUUUUCCAUGACUUGCAUGAAGAAGUAAUGACAACUGCUGCAAGAGGCCAUGAUCUUAUGGUUCGUGUUCAACAGCUUGAGGCAGAAGUUCCUCCAAUUGAGAAGGCAUUUCUGUCCCAAACAAGUGAUUCAUUCUUCUUUUCAAAUGCAGGUGUUGAUUGGCAUCCUAAUUUGCGUACGGAACAGAAUCUGAUAACUCAGGGUGACUUACCUCGCUUUGUGAUGGACUCUUAUGAAGAAUGCAGGGGCCCUCCACAGUUAUUUCUGCUAGACAAGUUUGAUGUUGCGGGCGCUGGGGCUUGCUUAAUGCGUUAUACUGAUCCAUCAUUCUUUAAAGUGGAAUCAGCAUCCUCUGGAGCAGCAACAGCAGAAGUUCCAAGGGAAAAAAGAAUCCGCAAAAUGAAGAAAAAAGGAUCGCGCUGGAGGAAUGGAGAAACACCUGAAGUACUACCCCCAUCACAUGCCAAAUUGCAUCAGUUGUUUCUGAAGGAAUGCGUUGAGAAUGGUUAUAGUAACCCUGCACGACUUGUGAAACUGAAGAGAAGGCAAUUGAAUGGAUCUAUAUUUGACUCAAGCGCUGGGAAAAGUUACCUAGAUAAAGUUCUGGAGUCUCCCCCAAAGCAGGUUCGUGAAAUUUCUGUCACUUCACCCAUGAAAUUGAAAGGGGAUAUUUAUAGUGAAUCAGGGCUUGAAGUUCUUGAAAUCACUGCUGUGAAUCCUGCAAAGAAGUCAUCACAAGGAAAAGAAAGUUCAUGUUCCUCCCCUAACGCACGGGAGGUAGUUUUAAAACCAUGUAUAGAGAAGUUUAAUCAGGACGUCCUUGGUGGAAAAACUGUGAAGGUGCCGGAACUAGCCGAUGAUGAUACAGAUAAUAUUUCUUCUUCCACCCUCCAUAAGGUAGCGGCUGAAGAGGAACUAGCCGUUGAUGGAGAAGUCAAAACAGAAGGCUGUGUAGACGGGUACCAUUCUGAAGAUUUGACCAGUGAUAUGGACAAUUAUAUGGAUGCACUCACCACGAUAGAGUCUGAAAUAGAAACAGAAAAUGAAUAUACACCUAAAAUGGGUAUAGACCGAAGUCAGAAAUGGAAACAGAAAAUGAGUAUACAUCUAAGAAAUUCUUGCAGUGGUGAAGUAAAUCUGGGGUUCCAAGCUCGAUCUUCUGAUUCUCAAUCAUUUGGAAACUCCUCUGCAUCGGAUAAUGGGAAUGGCUUAUUAAAGUGUAACAGAUCCAGUUUCUCCGACUCUGAUACAUUAAGCAGUUUGAUUGAGAAUGCAGCAUUUGGUGGUGAUGGAUCAGCUAAAGUAUCCCCAUCGACUGAAACUUGUGCAGCUGAGGCUGUGGAUAUGCCAUCCUGCCAGGUAAUGGAUGAGUCUCAGGGAGCCAAAUCGGAUGAGCUUGCAGUGUUGUAUGAUACAGGCAUUGAGGAAGACAAGGUCCCCAAUCUUGGAGAAGCAUCAUGUAGUUCAUGUCUUACAGAUUCCAAACCUGCCCUACUACCUUCAGGUCAUGGAGUACACUCAUCACUAGUUACAUUGGUAGGUCCUGAAGUAGAGGGAGCAACCUCUGACGAAAUUAAGCUUGGUUCCAAAUUAUCAGAAAUAGAUGAAAAUGGGACAAAUCUAGCUGAAGAUAGAGUUGUCAGUUAUGAUGUUCCGUCCCAGAUUCUGAAUGAUAUUCACCUUAUAGGUUCUGCCGAAAGCCAUUCGCCUAGUGAAGAUCCCAAUGUUUCUGAUGCUUUGCUGCAUCUGUCAGAUGUUUCAGAGGUGACUCCUGAAAAUAAAGGAAGUGAAAAUUCUCGUAAUGAAGUGCUUCAAACAAAAUCUGCAGGUGAAGAUUAUUCUGAAAAUUUGGUCAAUGCAAAGAUUGGUUUAACAGAUUUAAGUAUUUCACCUACAGAAAAGCAGCAACUUUGCUCGGUCUUGCCAGAAGUAAAAGCGAGUUCAAAUGUUAUACAUGCUACUUGUUCAGACAUUGUAGGGACAGAUGAAAUAUUUUCCAAAGCCAAUAAUGCUCUUAUGGCAAAUGGAAUCAACUUGGAAUACUUGACUCCUGUGGUGGAAACUCAAAAGACAUGCAACAUAGAGGAGCAGAAAUUCUCAGUUCUAACCUGUAUUGCUCCAGAACUUGAACUUGCUUCUGCAGAAUUGGGUGUCCAGUGCUCUGACGAGAAAUCCGAUUGUGAUGAGAUUCCAAGGGCAACAGAUAAAAUAGGUACAUCUACCUGCAAUGUGGAUGCAGUGGGAGGUGAUGCUGCUCCUCUUGAACCUCCGUACAGUUGUCAAAAUCACACAAGCCAUGAGGAUUAUAUAAACAUGGAGGCUGUAGUAAUUGAACCAAUUAUACCAGAUGUGGCUUUAUCCGCUGCUGUUACUAGUGCAAAUGAUGUUUCCAGUGAUUUUAUUGAUCCAUCUUUAGAUCGAGCUUGCUUUUCAUCCAAGAAUCAUAUAAAUUUGCAAGAUGUUUCUUCUGAAUUUGCCGAACCCCAUCCAAAAGAGAUGGAGUUUAAUGAUGCAGUUUCUCUAGAAUAUCUUAAAGAAACCAAGGCACAAAAUAUAGUGAAUCGACUGGAAGUUGCUCGUGCAGAUACCCCAUGCAAAUCAGUCUCUUCUAAUCAUUCCGAUUUUAAAACUGUUGCUGGUGAUGAUGAUGAAUCAUCUACAGCCAAUAAUACCCAAUAUGGUUUAUCUGCCAAUGAUGCCAGCACAGCCCCAAGAUGUGUACCAAGCAAUCAACAUUUGGAAUCAAAAACUCCCAACCAGAGUCAUCUUUCAGAGAAUAGUGAAGCUGAGGUGUGUUCACCUAUUGGCUGCCCCCCAGAGCCAGGGGCUCCUUUAAAGAGUUUGAUGCAAUUUGAAGCUUAUGUGGAAAGUUUGCAAGAAGAUGAAGCAAUUUAUAACUUUUCAAGACUUGAAUCUGAACAGAUACGAUCUCUGAACCACACAGAUCAGGAAAGAUGUGAACAGAUACAAUCUUCGAAUCACUUACAGGAAAGAUGCUUUGAUUCUCCUGAAUCUGACCUACUGUCAGCUGGCUGGAAACUUGAUGGUUCUAAGCAAGCAAUGGGUCCACUGGAGUCUGCCCUUCCUAUCUCUGGCAUGCUCCCUCAGGCAGCUCAAGUUAAUCUGGAGGAGCUACCACCUCUGCCACCUCUACCUCCUAUGCAAUGGAGGAUGGGAAAGGCUCCAAAUGCUUCCCUAGCUUCCCCAAGAGAUUUGGUGGAAUCUAGUCAGCAUGCAUUCCCGCCAUUGCAUCUUUUUGGUGAUGAGAAAGCUCAGUUUAGUUUUCCAGCAUCCCAGACAGGGAUUUUGCGGCUUCAGAACCCAUUUUUGCCCAUCAUGGCCAUAGAAGAUGAGAAAUCCCAACAAGUUUCAGAACGAUUGAUGACUAAUUUGUCACAACUGAUCCCAUUCUCUUUGCAAUUGCAAACCAUGGUUAGUGAUUCAAAUAGUCAAUCCAGUUGCCACUCUUUUGAGGGAACUAAAACCAUCAAUCCAUUCUUAGUAUCACCUUUGAUACCAACUGAAAGACCAGAAUCUGGUUUCCCUGCCUUGGACGGAGAAAAGGCCCACUCUAGUUCAGUCCCAACCAUGUUUAGUGAUUCAAAUAGUCAAUCCAGUUGCCACUCUUUUGAGGAAACUAAAACCGUGAAUCCAUUCUUAGUAUCACCUUUGAUACCAACUGAAAGACCAGAGUUUGGUUUCCCUGCCUUGGACGGAGAAAAGGCCCACUCUAGUUCAGUUCCAACCAUGGUUAGUGAUUCAAAUAGUCAAUCCAGUUGCCACUCUUUUGAGGGAACUAAAACCGUGAAUCCAUUCUUAGUAUCACCUUUGAUACCAACCGAAAGACCAGAAUUUGGUUUCCCUGCCUUGGACGGAGAAAAUGCCCACUCUAGUUCAGUCCCAACCAUGGUUAGUGAUUCAAAUAGUCAAUCCAGUUGCCACUCUUUUGAGGGAACUAAAACCGUGAAUCCAUUCUUAGUAUCACCUUUGAUACCAACUGAAAGACCAGAAUUUGGUUUCCCAGCCUUGGACGGAGAAAAUGCCCACUCUAGUUCAGUCCCAUUCACACCAAUACCAACCAUCGACUACACAACUUCUAGACAUGAUCUUGAAGUUUCCCAAGAGAAACUAAUCAAGCCUUUCUAUCAACCAGAACCAGAAACAGGAUCAGUGGAUCAAAAACUUCAACCCACACCACACUAUAAUUCUGAAGGGGAGUCACGAAAUUCUUGCAACACAUCCAUGCCAUCACCAACUGUGGAAGGAGAACAGCCUCAGCGUGAUUUAUUGAGUCUAGAUGGAGAAACCCCUCAAAUACCAGACGUUGAAGUAGGAAAGCCAAAUGGAAAUCCUGCAACUAAGCUUUCUCGUCCCCCAAAACCUCUCAUUGAUGCUGUUGCUGCUCAUGACAAAAGCAGGUUGAGAAAGGUAGUUGAACGGGUUCGGCCUGAGAUUGGGCAAAAGGUAGAUGAAAGAGAUUCGUUGCUAGAACAGAUACGAAGGAAGUCCUUCAACUUGAAGCCAGCAGCGGUGACGAGACCCAGCAUUCAUGGCCCUCAAACCAACCUGAAGGUUGCUGCUAUCUUGGAGAAAGCAAAAACAAUUCGCCAGGCAUUCGCUGGAAGUGAUGAAGAUGAUGAUUCAGACAGUUGGGGUGAUGCUUGAAAAACUAAGUCGACGGUACUACAGCAUUUCACUACUUUAAUUACCAGCUUGAAAUGGUUUUGAGAGAUUUUCUUUUUCUCUCUGCUAUAGUUAAUAGAAAAUAUAUGUGAUCUGGUGUGUUCUUUCUUUCUGCUCCACGCUCGUGUAUAGUAGUCCCCUCACUAGCACUCCCCCUUCCCCUUCUUCCCCAAUUUCUCUUGGGUCAAUUGUUUUGUAAAGAAUAACAGCUGAGGUUCAGUGUGCAAGUGCUGUACCAAUCAAAUUAGAAGUAGCCACUGUUGCAAAAUAAAAAUAAAAAUAAAAAAGAAAUGGCUAUUUUAGGCAACCCCAAUGUGAAUGUUCUACAUGCUCUCCUACUGUUAUAUUGCCCAACUUGGAGCAUUGGAUUGGUUAUAUUUCUUCAUAUCUACUGCCAUUUCAAUCUUUGUAAUGGUUUAUUCAUAGAACUCUAAUGGGU